AGGUUAGCAUAGAAGCUAACGUUAAACAGCAUUCGUUUACUUUUAAAGGUUAGCAUAGACGAUAAUCUCAAACAGCAUUAGUUCUUUUUUACAGGUUAGCAUAGAAGCUAAAGUUAAACAGCAUUAGUUUAACGUUUACAGGUUAGCAUAGAAGCUAACGUUAAACAGCAUUAGUCUACUUUUACAGGUUAGCAUAGAAGCUAACCUCAAUCAGCAUUAGUUUACUUUUACAGGUUAGCAUAGAAGCUAACCUCAAUCAGCAUUAGUUUACUUUUACAGGUUAGCAUAGAAGCUACCGUCAAACAGCAGUAGUUUGCUGUUAGCAGAUAGCCUCCACGUGAUGUAGUUGCGGCUAAUGUUCGGGGUGAUGGCAUCCCCCCAGCGCGACGUAAUCGACUUUUCCGCCUUGGAAAAAGAGUUGAAGAGUAGUGUCGAGUCGGAGCACAAAUACAAACGAGAGAACGACGCCAAACUGAGAGCCGUCAGUCAGGGGGUGUCCUCCUACCAGCAGUUCAGAGACAUCGUCCUGUCCUGUCACCUGAAGCCACUACAACGCCACGACAAGAAUCCACGGAAACAACCUUGGAACCCCCUGCUGGGACCCCACACCUGUACGCCCGGGACCCCGACCAGUUCUAGUGUGAACACCAGUACUGGAGACUAGGAUGGGAAAAGAAAGAAUAAAUGAAAUGUUGACCAAACAA